GAACUCAGACCACCAUAACCUAAGUUAUGCUGAACGGCAACUGUAUGCCUAAGAGAAAGGCCUGUGUGAGGCUUCCCUCACCUGCAGUGGCCAAACAACCUCAAUACUGGGAUGAACAAGAACUCCUCUAACAUGUCUUCUACAUCAUUUCUUGACCCUCAAGCUCCAAGAUCUGACACUGUGUCUGAUGGUGAAGAGACUACUAUCAUAUCAACAAGUACAGGAUCCAAGGAUCAUUAUGUGUGGUCCGAGAAGGACAUAUCUGCUUUGAUUCAGUUCCUCAAAGCCAACUUAGCAGCGGCUGCUGAUGGUGGAAUGUUCAAGAAGUCUUUCUGGGCACCCUUACUCAAACAAUUUGUGGAAACGCAUACUGCAGGUGCUUCCAAAGGGUGGGAGGCUUGCAACAGCAAAUGGCAAAGGCUAUCCACAAGAAUGUCAAAACAUAAUCGCAACAAUCUGGCUUCCACUGGGAUAAUGAGCAUGGUGCAGUGAUUGGCAUUGCAAGUGAGGCAGUCUGGCAUGAGUAUAUUAAGAAACACCCUGGAGUUAGUCGUUUCCAAAACAAAGGCUGGCCUCAUUUUGACGCUGUGGAUGAAUUAUUAUCUGGCCAUGGUGCAAAAUGCGUGAAUGUAUUCCAUCCUACUCCACUAUCUGUACCUAUAAACAUGCAAUCAUCGUCUGUAUCAACAUCUGCUAGUGUUCCUUCGUCUAUAGUCCCUGCCCCCCCAUCUGUACCACAUACACAUGUCCAUCCUAGUCCUCACCAACACAACACAGACAAUGGCUGGGCAGCCUCACCUCACCAACAUCAAGCCUCAGCAACCAAUGUCACCGGUAGUUUCUACCACGCAGGGAUCCAUGAGUAGUAAACAAAAAGAGCGUGCAUCUGAUGCGGAAACAGAUGAUGAUGCCAUGUCAAUUGUGACUUGCUCAAUGAGUGCAGGCAUUACAGUGAGUGGCCAUUGGUCCAAAACUGCACAAGUCACAUCGGACCAAAUGACCGCC